AAUAGAGCAGUCUGUUCAAAAGAACUAGGUCAAGGAUGCAUCUUACAAACAGUUGAUAAUCAAUUCGCGUUUCGUGUGUUUCAUAGCCAUGGAAUUUAUAGUACAGAUGUUUCUUAUCCAGUGUGUAAUGGCAUACAAGGAUAGGUGCCCUCAGUUUGUUGAGCGAUAUCUACUUGUUAAUUAUUCGCUUACGCGUGGUAAAUGUUCAGAGGAAAACCCAUUUCAUUGUUUACUGAAGGAUAAUACUGAGACUUUAAUACACAGUUAUUACAAGAACUGCAAGUCGUGGGACUGGGUUUCUAAAGGUUUCCAUCCUGUGGUUCGUGGGGAAUACAUUGAUUAUGAAAAGUGUGAAGCUGAAAAAUAUCAACCAUUUAAUUUCUUAUCCAAUGUGAACCACCGAUGCUACUUUGUCAAAUCAUACUGCGCAGAAGAGGGUCAAAUAGAACACAUGAAAGGCGAUGAAUUGUCAGAUCGUACAUGCAAGUGUGAUUAUACAAAACAAUAUGCUUUCCAUACAAUUCCAAGAAACAAAGUAUUCUGCAUACCGUCAGAAGAGGAGUGUACAUGCUUUCAAAAAACAUGUCCAACGAACCAAACGAUGAAUAAAGAAUAAGGAUACAUGCAUCUAAUGGUAUAUGUUUGAGUAUGAAUGUGUUGAUACAUUAGUGCAUACAAGUCAGACAGUGUAUUCGAUAAA